AUCAAUAUUAUGCAAUAUUAUUUAUUUAUUUUUGCGAAAAAGUCCCAGCUGAUAUCGUUCCAGUUUUCGUUUUUUCAUUUGUGAAACGUAAGGAAAAACUGACAAAUAAUAUAUACCUUUAAAUUUUUUGUUAAAAUGAACGAUUUUAGCCUUAUAACCAGCUCAAACUAUUAUUCUCACCCUUAUUUGUGGUCAUCUCAUCACAAGACGCCAUUUUACCCCGACUGCCUUAAGGAGAAAGAACCUCGCGUAGAUGACUAUUUAGACGAUUGUGGCAAAGAUGCUCUAGCGAUCAGGCCAUACCCGAAUUUCUAUAAUAGCCACCUUCCAACAACAGCCGCUACCCAGCAUUAUGAUAACUAUGAAAAUGGCAAUCUAUACGAAUACCUCAAUCAAACGGGCUUGGAUAGGGUGAUAAGCAACGUGGUCGAUAACGCUUAUUAUAUGGACUCGGCCCAAAAUUUCGCGGAAACAUUCAACGCCUACUCGUCCCCGCUCCGCAAACAAUGUAAUGAACGCCUAUUAUUAGCCAAAACGAUCAAAAAAGAAGUGAUAGAAGAAGAAAGCGACGAAUCUAGUUCGCCUUCUCAGCUGACUUCGUUAUCACCGCCUUUUAGCGAUUCGUUAUCGCAAGAAACUUCCCGCCGCAAACAUCAUAACAACGGUAACAUACAUAAUCAAGAAAAUAAGGAUUUGACAAAUUUUGUUACUCAGAAUGAAAAAAUAUCUACUAUGGAAUCUCAUCAUUACGAUCAAAACAUGGCGAGCAAUGCCAAGAUUAUAUACCCAUGGAUGCUAAAAAUCCACGGAAAUUCCUGCAAUUCCACCAAUUACAGCGGUUCAACAAUAGUCAAUGACGAAAACGACCCUAAACGUUGUAGAACAUCUUAUUCCCGGCAUCAAACUCUAGAACUUGAGAAAGAAUUUCAUUACAAUCGCUAUUUAACCAGAAGGAGAAGAUACGAAAUAGCCGCUGGCCUGGGACUUACCGAACGGCAAGUCAAAAUUUGGUUUCAGAAUCGAAGGAUGAAAUGGAAAAAGGACAACAAGAACAUUCAUUUUUGAAAAUAAAAUAUAUUUUUUUUAAUACGUAUAAAAGUUAGCCAAAAUAUAAUAGGUUUAAUUAAUAAUUAAUUUUUAUUUUGGUAAAAUUCUUCCAUUUUAAUCCAAUGCAAUUAUUACCCCUUCGUAGAAUUUAUAAUCAUUUCAUUACUAAUAUAUUUUUAUAUACUGUUUUUUUUACCUUUCAAAUUAUUUAUUUUCUAAAUUUUUAAAGAAAGAUCUCCAAUAAAUAACUUAACAAAAACUUCUUUAAUUAGCGAACUUAAGAAAAAAAAUGCCGCGAAAAGACAAUUUUAGCUUUCAAUGGCGUUUAUUUUUUUUUAAAUGUGUCGUUUAUAACUUAUAAAAUAACUCAACCCAACCUUCCCAUCCACAUAUUUUUUACUUUUUAUGUAAAAUAUAUAUUUUGUAAGAUAAAAAAAACAUUUUUGUUGGCUGAACUUUCUGUAUAUUUCAUUUAUUAUUAUAUUUAGUAUUUACUAAAUAUAUUCUAUAUUAAAAUAAAUUUAAUAAAUAUACUAAGAAAUUAUACAAGGUAAAAUAGAAGAUCAUUGUGAAAUGAAUGAAUAAUAAAUGUAUAAUUUUAUUAUGCAAUAUAA